AUGAAGCUCGGGUUGCUCGAAGCCGCCGUCUUGACGGCCGCCUCGGCCGCCACUGCGUCGGACCUGGCAUACUCGCCCCCGUACUAUCCGUCCCCGUGGAUGACCGGCGAGGGCGACUGGGCCGAGGCCUACCGCCGCGCCGUCGACUUCGUCUCCAACCUCACACUGGCUGAAAAGGUCAACUUGACCACUGGUGCGGGCUGGGAGCAAGAACGCUGCGUCGGGGAGACGGGUGGUAUUCCCCGACUGGGAAUGUGGGGCAUGUGCUUGCAAGACUCGCCCCUGGGCAUCCGCGACAGUGACUACAACUCCGGUUUCGCCGCGGGCGUCAAUGUUGCCGCCACAUGGGACAAGAGACUCGCCUACCAGCGUGGUCUGGCGAUGGGCGAGGAGCACCGCGACAAGGGUGUCGAUGUGCAGCUCGGUCCUGUGGCCGGCCCACUGGGACGAAGCCCCGAUGGCGGCCGUGGCUGGGAAGGGUUCUCGCCUGAUCCUGUCCUCACCGGUGUUAUGAUGGCGGAGACUAUCAAGGGUAUUCAGGAUGCUGGUGUCAUUGCUUGCGCCAAGCACUAUAUCGGAAACGAGCAGGAACACUUCCGCCAGUCGGGCGAGGCUCAGGGCUAUGGGUACAACAUCACUGAGAGUGUGAGCUCCAACAUCGACGACAAGACUAUGCACGAACUGUACCUCUGGCCCUUUGUCGACUCUAUCCGCGCCGGUGUCGGCUCUGUCAUGUGCUCGUACAAUCAGAUCAACAACAGCUAUGGAUGCCAGAACAGCGAGACCUUGAACAGGUUGCUCAAGGCUGAGCUGGGUUUCCAGGGCUUCGUCAUGUCGGAUUGGGGUGCGCACCAUAGCGGUGUCAGCGCUACCCUUGCUGGUCUGGAUAUGUCCAUGCCCGGUGAUGUCAUCCUCGGUAGCCCGUACUCCUUCUGGGGCACGAACCUGACCAUCUCCGUGCUGAACGGUACCGUCCCCGAAUGGCGUAUCGACGAUAUGGCCGUCCGCAUCAUGUCGGCCUACUACAAGGUCGGCCGUGACCGUGUCCGUGUCCCUCCCAACUUCAGCUCCUGGACUCGUGAUGAGUAUGGCUUUGAGCACUUCAUGGUCAGCGAGAACUACAUCAAGCUCAACGAGCGCGUCAAUGUCCAGCGCGACCACGCCGCGGGUAUCCGCAAGCUUGGCUCUGACAGCACCGUUCUGCUGAAGAACAAGGGUGCUCUGCCCUUGACUCACAAUGAGAAGUUCGUUGGUAUUCUGGGUGAGGAUGCUGGUUCCAACCCUGCUGGCGCUAAUGGCUGUGCGGACCGUGGUUGCGAUGACGGCACCCUUGCUAUGGGCUGGGGUAGUGGUACUGCUAACUUCCCUUACCUGAUUACCCCCGAGCAAGCCAUUCAGAACGAGGUUCUGAACUAUGGCAAUGGCCAGACAAAUGUGUUUGCCGUGACCAACAACACCAACACGGAGCAGAUUGCUGCCAUUGCUGCGCAGUCGAGCGUCGCUCUCGUCUUCGUAAACGCCGACUCCGGCGAAGGCUUCAUCAAUGUCGACGGCAACGAGGGUGACCGCAAGAACCUAACCCUCUGGAAGAACGGCGAACACCUCAUCAAAACAGCUGCGGCAAACUGCAACAACACCGUCGUCAUCAUGCACACCCCCGGCGCCGUCCUAAUCAGCGACUGGUACGAGCACGACAACAUCACCGCCAUCCUCUGGGCCGGUCUACCGGGCCAAGAAAGCGGCCGCAGUAUCACAGACAUUCUCUACGGGCGCGUGAACCCAGGCGGCAAAACACCCUUCACCUGGGGAAAGACUCGCAAAGACUACGGCGCACCGCUCCUCACACAACCCAACAACGGCCAUGGUGCGCCGCAGCAAGACUUCACAGAGGGAGUCUUCAUCGACUACCGCCGCUUCGACAAGGAGCAGGAAGAGCCUGUCUACGAAUUCGGGUACGGACUCAGCUACACGAAUUUCGAAUUCAGCGAUCUGCACAUCAAGUCCCUUAACGCAGACAAGUAUGUCCCGACAACGGGGACAACCAAGCCUGCCCCCGUCUUCGGCAAAAUCGGCCAGGCAUCCGACUAUCUCUUCCCGAAGGGCAUCCACCGUGUCACCCAAUACCUCUACCCCUACCUGAACAGCACAAACCUCAAGUCCUCCUCCGGCGACCCCUACUACGGCGCUAAGACAGAGGAGUACAUCCCCGCCGGCGCAACCAACGGCUCCGCGCAAACCCGCCUCCCAUCCAGCGGUGCCAACGGCGGUAAUGCGGGUCUCUUCGAGGAUCUGUACCAGGUUACCGUGACAAUUACCAACACCGGCUCUGUGCAGGGCGACGAAGUUCCCCAGUUGUACGUUAGUCUGGGCGGGGAGAAUAACCCCGUUAAGGUCCUGCGUGCGUUUGACAGGAUCACCAUUGCGCCUGGCCAGAAGGCACAGUGGACUACUACUCUUACCCGCCGCGAUUUGUCGAGUUGGGAUGUUGCAAAACAGAAUUGGGUAGUUACUCCUGCGCAGAAGAAGGUGUAUGUUGGAAAUUCGUCGCGGAGACUUCCGCUUGAGUCGGAGUUGCCCGCUUCGAAAUGA